AUGGAUGAGAGUAAAUAUUUCUCUUUUCAAAUUCCUAUUCCUCAUUUUUCCAUAGAUUCCCUAUUUAAUAAAGACGAAUUUGAUUUUUACAAAAUUAAGUAUAGAGAUGAUGCAAGUGGCUUAUCAACACGUUCAGAAAAUGAUAAUUCCAACGAUAAGGAAAAGCAAGAAGAAGAUUGUGCGGAUGACGAGAGCGAAAAUGAAAAGCUUUUUAUGAAAUAUCUUAAAAAUAUUGUGAGAAAAGGAAAUAAAGUGAGUAGUACAAAUUGGGCAUGUCCUGAACAGAACGAAGAAGGGGAAAGAUUGAAAGAAAAAAAUGAUUAUGUUGAAAAAGAUAAAAUGUUGGAACAAAAUAAUGAUGAUGAUAAGAAUGAUGAAAAUGACGAACUGUUCGAAGAAAAUUAUAAUAAUAAUAAUAAUAAUAAUAAUAAUAAUGAUGAUGAUGAUAAUAACAUUGAUGAUAAUAACAUUGAUGAUAACAAUAAUAAUUAUGAAGAUAUCCGUUUGCUAUAUAAAAAACGACGGGUAUACAACAAAAAAAAUAAUGAAAUGAUAAAAAAGAAUGUACAUCUUUUUGAAAAAUAUCCAAAUAUACCGAUAAAAAAAGAAUUAGAAAAUCAGUGGAUUUAUCAAAAUGUGAAAUCAACAUUUAAUAUCAAAAAAGUGAGAAUGAAUAAAUUUAAAGAAGAAUGUGAUAAAAUUAGGAAAAGACUAAAAGGAGGAAAAUAUUAUGAUGAAACAUGUGAAAAAGAAAAUUUUACAUGUGAAAAUUGUGAUGGUGAUAAUACAUGUACACAUGAUAAUACAACUUAUAAAAAAGAAUAUAUUGUAAAAUAUUAUAAUUAUCUUAUAAAAAUAUUAUUAUCAGGUAUAAGAAAUCCAAAUGUUCAUGAAAUUAUUAAUCAUAUAGUAUAUUACAAUUGUAAUAAUUGGCAAUAUAAAAUAGAUAUGAAUAUAUUAAAAAAAAUAGCUGAUAUUAAUACUAAUGAAAAAAAAAUCUUAAAUCGUACUAAAUGUUAUAUUGAAUGGUUACCAAAAAUGGAAAAUAAUACUUUUAAUAAAUAUCAAAUUAUAGCCAAAUUAAAGCAAAAAACUAUAUCCAAAACUUUUAAAUUAGUAUGUGAUUUUAAUAACACAUUAUUAAAAGCAUUAUAUAUUAAUCAAAAUUUAAUACAUAAAUAUUUCUCUCACGAAAAAAAGCAAAUAUAUAAUAAUAAUAAUAAUAAUAAUAAUAAUAAUAAUAAUAAUAACAAUAAUAAUAAUAAUAACAAUAAUAAUAACAAUAAUAAUAAUAUAAUGACAAAUUUAAGUUCAAAUGAUAUUUUUAUAAUAUCAGUAUGUUUUUAUCAUCCUAUAAGAGGAAUAAAAAUAGCUGAAUAUGAAAUUUUAUCAAAUCAAACUUUAGCGAAUUUAACAGAUGUUUUCUUUUGUUUUGAUACUUCGAAUUAUGGAUUACCAAAAUGUGACGGUUCAUUAUAUUUUAUUGAUGGUAUACUUUAUCCAGAUUUAAGAAGUAAUAAUGCUGUAGAUUAUUCUACUAGUAUUAUUAAUUUUUAUAAAAUGAAAAAAAUGAAAACAAAUUUUAUUAAAUAUCCAUAUAAAAUAAAUCAAGACAAAGCUAUACUUAGUCAAAUAGAAAUACCUCUAUUUAAAAAAUGCUGUUUUUUACAUCAAGGAACAUGUGAACAUCGAAUUGUUUUUAAUAAUAUAAGACAAUAUAAUAAAUUAAGAGAUAAACAUUUAUCCAAAUAUCCACUUCGAACAUUCAAACCUAAUAUAUCAAAUAAAUAUUGUAUAUCUUGUCAUAAAAAUAUCGCACAAAAAAUUGUACUCGAUUCAUACUUAUUAAAAGAAAACCCAUCCUAUAUGUGCAACAACUGUUUUGAUUUAUUCCUAAUGGAUAAAAAUAAUCAACCCAUAGAUACAUCAAUGAAAUAUUUUGAUUACAUAGACGAUGUUUAA